AAGAAGAAAAAGACGGUCGCGGCACAUGCCGGAAGAAGCUAUUGAUGGUACUAAACAAGGAGUAGGGGGCGAACCCAUAACACGUUUCAGAAACUGACGCUCGACAAGAAUGACUAAACGACCAAAUAUACUGCUAACAGGAACACCUGGUGUAGGAAAGACAACUUUGGGAAAGGAGUUGGCUACACGGACAGGGUUGUUGUAUGUCAACAUAGGUGAACUGGCGCAUGAAGGCCACUAUUAUGAUGGUUAUGACGAAGAGUACCAGUGCCCUAUUUUGGACGAGGACCGGGUGGUGGACGAGCUGGAUCAAAAGAUGGUAGAAGGUGGAGUGAUCAUUGAUUAUCAUGGCUGUGACCUGUUUCCUGAACGAUGGUUCCACAUUGUUAUUGUACUUCGCACAGACAACACUCAGCUGUACUCCCGACUUGAAGACAGGGGUUAUAGAGGAAAGAAACUACAGGACAAUGUGCAGUGUGAGAUCUUCCAGACAAUUUAUGAAGAGGCUAUGGAAGCUUAUUCUAAGGAGAUUGUCCACCAGCUACCAAGCAACACCCCGGAGGACCUUGAGAAAAACCUUGAGCAACUAAUUCAGUGGACUGAGCAGUGGAUGAAGGACCAUAACUAAAACCUGGAAUACACAGUUUUUUGGAUGAUUAAAUAUAAAUGUAUGCAAAAUAAAUAAGCAUUCAUUUUGUAGACUGUUCAAAUACUAAGAUGUAUGUUCACCCAUAGUAAACAAACUGUAAGCAACAGCU